ACUUAUUAAAUAGAUUGAAAUGAUUUAUCCGAACAAUGAAUUGUAUAAAUGUAAAAUUGUAAAUAAGAAUCAGUCUCGAAGAGUUUCAAUUGGAACUUAAUGUGCCACCAGUUUCUGCGCCGACGUAAAAUGUUCAGUUUGCUGGGGAACUGUUACUCUAACAAGAAACGAGCUGCACAGUCUAGAAAUGUAACCUUGAUAAUUUUGGGCUUCGACAAUGCCGGGAAAACAACCACUGUCAGGGAUCUGAAAGGAGAGAGCAAAGAAGACGUCACUCCUAGUUUAGGCUUCUCAAACAUCUCCCUCAAAUUCGGCCGACUGAACAUAACCCUGUUUGACGUCGGUGGAGGACCAACAAUAAGAGGCAUAUGGUCCAGCUACUAUGCAGACGUGCAUGGGUUCAUAUACGUGUUGGACUCCACUGACCUUGGGAGGUUAAAUGAGGUCAAGAAUAGUCUGCAGAAGGUGAUGAUGGAGCCGACGUUGAAGGGCAAACCGUGUCUAAUUUUGGCCAACAAGCAAGACAAAGAGGGUGCUCUGACGGAGAGAGAAAUAGAGCAGAUUUUGGAUCUAGAAUCUCUCGCCACUCAAUCAAAGUGCAGCUGCAGAUUACAAGUGUGUUCUGCUCUGAACAGUGGCAUUGGAAGCACAGAUCUGCCAAACAAACCAUCCAAGUGGAACAGUAAAAACAAACAGUCACAAAUAAAAGACGCUUUCAAAUGGAUAGUGGAGAGUGUUUUGGACGAUUGGGAGUCCCUGGAUGAAAGAACGAGUAGUGACAUGAAGGUGGCUAAGGAAAAAGCAGACGAGGAGCGCAAGGCAAAGACUGAACGAAUAGGAAAACUGAAAGAAGAGAGGGAAAAGAAAGUACAAGAGAAGGAAGAAAAAGACAGCGGUGCAACUACAACUACAGCCACCUUUGCGAAGGAUAAUAACGACAGAUUGACAGGUGCGGGGGAGGGGGCAAGUGACGCUGCCCUCUCUUUGAGUCAAGACAGAAUGAAGCAGUUUGCCGAAGUCAUGCAACAAGUGGGUAAUGAUCUAAACAAUAGUUUAUCAGAAUCAAUGCGGUCCAACAAGAGCAACCUUGGUCGAACCCCGAUUUUCUCUACAAAUUUUCACAGUCCGAACUCCAAUUCUAGUGAAAAUGGAUCUAACUUAGAGCUGGAACGAAAUAUUGGAUCGAGUAUGAAUCAUCCGCACUCGGGUAGAAUCGAGAAUGUUUUCAUUGUGGGCGAAAAUCGAUACCGGGAAAGAAAUUUGGCGGGUGAUAAUGGCCUAGAGCUGCAACAUAAAGGCGCUGAUAGUCAGAAUCACAGACAACUACCUCCUCUAAAUGAUGAAGCAAUUUCUAAAGUGAAGCAACAAAAGAAAAAGAAAAAAGUGAAGAAAAAUCAACUUGAACCCUUUUCGCCUCCUGAAGGGGACCACAAAACACCUCCGAACACCUCCCCUUUCGUUGAGAUACAACAUAAAGAUAAACAACAGUCAGAAUGGUCUGCUAAUAACGACCACGUCGAGUUGAAUUCAACUACCGAUCAAGAGUCCAUCUCACUAUCUGAAAAUAUGCGAGAAGUGAACACCUACAAAGAGCGGAAGAGAGACGAUGAAAGAAAAUUUCGAACAGAAAUUGAUGAUACAAUUUCUGGCCAAGUCACUAGACUUGAAGAAGAUACAACAUGGACCUCAUCGGACGAUAAGACGAAAGAAAAGGAUGUUGGAAAAAUAGUUCUAGAAAAUUUUCACGUGACUGAGUCGGAUUUCUACGACUCGGAUUUUGUGAGCGACACGAAUAACACUGAACAACAAAUGUGAUCAGAUUUGUUUGUCCAAUAUUUAUCCAGUUUCAACAAUGGGUGAGUUUUUCAUGCGCGAAAUAUAGUCCAGCCAAUCAGAAUUCAGUAUUCAUAAAUUUGCAAGAAAUAAGCGAUAAAAUCAGUCAUUUUUGGAGGUUAAAGACCGUUGCUUGGCUGAGAAGUUUCGUGCAUUCGGUCCUUCGCUCAUGAGAAAAGCCCUCACGCUUUUGAAGUGAAUCUAGGCUUUUAAAUUACUAAAAAAUUGAUGAAAAUUGAAGAAAUAUUCUGAAAAGAUCUUGAUAAUGUAUAAUUCUCAAUUUGUGAAAGAAACUGGACAAUUGCAUGACGCUAAACGAGAAUACUUUUAUUUUUUGACGUCCUAACUAUCAAAUGUUGUGUAUAAAAUAUUGCUAUGUAAAAAUAACUUGCACGUAGUGUAAAUUAAUCGUAUGCACACGUACUAAUUGUACAUAAACUUCAUUAUAUGUAUAUCCUAAACUUGUUUUCCUAGAAUUUAGUUUGACUCAUG